AUGCAUGACAGAUGUCCUGCACCUCAAGAGAUUGCUAAUGGGAAACCUGACGCUGAAGUUUUGGAAGAUUUUGCCCAUGGGUCCUCCGUGACUUACCAUUGUGACCCAGGUUACUUUCUCACUGGUACAGCAACAAUAUACUGUCUGACUUCUGGAAUGUGGGAGUCACCCAUCCCUCAGUGUAAAGUCCUGCAAUGCCACAGACCCCCACAAGUCCAAAAUGGGUUUCACAGCAACCAGGAAGCAGCAGUGUUCAGUGCUGGAAUGUCUGUGAAAUACACAUGUGAGCACGGGUACACUCUGAUUGGUGAGGCAGCCAUGUAUUGCACUGAAUCUGGCACAUGGACUCUCCCUGCCCCUCGCUGCAAAGUACUGCAGUGUAAUCCUCCUCCACCUAUUUCCAAUGGUGAGCACGAUGGCCAUGGAUUGGCAAACUUUCCUGUUGGCACAUACGUAAAUUAUUCUUGUAACCCUGGCUACCUGCACGUUGGCGAUGCCUCCAGUCACUGUACAGCUUCUGGAGCAUGGAGUCAGCCUAUACCUCAGUGUGAAGGAUGCCUUGCACCUCAAGAGAUUGCCAACGGGAGACUUGAUACUGAAGUUCUGGAAGAUUUUGCCUUUGGAUCCUUUGUGACUUACCAUUGUGACCCAGGCUACUUUCUCACCGGUGCAGCAACAGUAUAUUGCCUGUCUUCUGGAGUGUGGGACCCAUCUGUCCCUCAGUUCAAGGGCUGUAUUCGUCCAGAAAUUCAUAAUGGAAGAAAAACAACAUCUAAAUUGCUCUUUAAACCCAGGGAGACAACCACAUUUGAAUGUACUCCUGGUUACAUUCUGAAAGGAAACAAUACAAUUGAAUGCCAAUCUGACAGCACGUGGGAUCUUCCUGUGCCUCUAUGUGUCAGGGGUUAUGUGAAAUAUACAUGUGAACAUGGGUACACAAUGAUUGGUGAGGCAAUGAUUUAUUGCACUAAAUCUGGCACAUAGAAUUUCCCUGCCCCUCGGUGCAAAGCAAUUGGCUGCAUCCUUCCACAGAUUCCUGGGGGCAAAAAGGCAAAUGUAGAAAACAUGCUUCAGUCUGGAGAUAAUGUGACUGUUCAAUGUGAGGAUGGAUAUGUCUUGGAAGGUAGCCCGUAUAUUCAGUGUCAACAUGAUUUCACAUGGGAUCCUCCUGUGCCAGUUUGUAAACCAGGUUUCUACCUCUUGGCUUCAAUAAGCUUUGGUAAGUAA